GGUCCCUUUUGCUUUCCUCAGAAGCUCCUCCUGGCGGUGAGCUCGGCAGAGCCGAACGGGUAUAAAGCGGAGCUCAGAGGAAGGAACCGCAGCUGGGCGACAGCAUCAGCUGAGGCACUAGCGGCUGGAGCCGACUCGCGUGUCCUCCUGGGCGGUGACUUCAGACGUGCUACACCUACUGGAAGGCUGAAUGGCUCUCCGGCUGGAUGUGAAGCUCCUGACAGGACAGCAGUGCUCCUUGGAGACCCCUGCCAGCAGAACCGUCUGGGAUUUCAAAAUCCAAAUUGGGCAAAAGAUGGGGGUGUCGCCGUAUCAGCAGAAGCUGAGCUGCCAGAAUGGCAUCCACAUCAACCUGCAGGACGGCGCGAAGCUCUCUGAAUUCGGGCUGAAAUCGGGAGACACCAUCCUGUUGAUGGUCACUAAUGAGGAGACCAUCACCGUCUUCCUGAAUAACUCCAAGGGCCAAACCAGAACCUACAACGUCUUGCCUUCGGAUACGGUGGACCGCUUCAGGGCCCGGGUUCAGCAACAGGAGAAGAUCCAGAAAGAGCAGUUCUGGUUCACGUACGAAGGGAGACCUCUGGAGGAUGGCCACAAGCUGUCAGACUACAACAUCGCUCCCCACGGCACCAUCUUUUUGAACAUGCGUCUCCGAGGGGGCUGGGAUUUGGUGGGUGGGUCAGCUUAGGAGCCACUUUGACCUUAGGCCAUUGUUUCUCUAAUUUUCUGAUUUUCCUCACUUCUAAUUUUUAAUGCUGUCCCACCCUCGCUAAUUGUAUCAUCAGGCUUCAGGUAGAUAAAUGUAGUAAUACAUAAAUCUUACAGCAGAUGUCUGGCUCUGUCAAAUGGUGAUCCCUAUUUAGCUUCUCCUUCCCCUGAAUUGUUUUUAUUCAAGCAGUUGCUGUCAGAACUUUGUAACUUUAACAACUGGUUUCCUGUGCUCGCUUGGUUUCCUCUUCCCUCCUCCUCCCUUUCCCCCUUUUGUGUCAUGUCUCUUAUGUAAGCCUUUAAAAAAAGGGCUAAAAAUGCUUAAAAUAAAUACUAAAUGUUUAUUUUCUCUGUCCUUGGCUUUGCUUCUACAUUGUACUCAGGGCUGCUUAUUGGUAGCUGUAAAACACACUGCUUUUAGAAAUAAAUAAAGAACAAAAUUGCUUGUGUGAUUGGUGCUCUUCCUGUUGACAAAUUUUUAUGGUUUCUCAACUUGUAUGCUGUUCUGCAUCAUUGGCCCCAGUGUCAUUUUAGAGCUUUUGGGCAAUCAUGCUGUGGGAUUAUGGGUAUAGUUGCUGACCAUGCUUGCUUUUGGUUGAGCUGUUACAAUUCCUUGGGGUGUGGCAUGCAGAGCUUUUAUCAAUUCAGUGCUGGCUGAUUGGGUCUGAUGGUCGUCCAAAACAUCUGGAAGGCACUAGGUUGGCAAGAACUGCUAGUUGUACUUAUGCUAGGGACGACUGGGUUUGAAUCACUCUCUCCCAGCCUAACGUACCUCAUCAGUUUGCUAGAUGAUGGGAUGUAUCACUGGAGUUCUGGGGGCCAUAUGCCAGUGAUGGUUGGGACCAGGGGCAAAAAUGAGCAAUGGAUGUUAAUUUUAGCUAGGCAUAGUAGGCUAGUUUCUACUCACACACACCCCUCUCCAUCCGGGCAUGCAUAUUCAAGGCCACAUUCCAGUCAGGCAAAAACACUGAAGGAGGGUGCCUUGGGAAGGUGGUGGCAGUUCAGAGAGAGUCUUGAGGUCCAGAUGUUAGAUUUGGAAAUAAAGUCGGUUUGAUAUAAGUUUGAUAUCGGUUUAUUUCCUGGUGACCUGACCCUUAUAUUCCAGUGGCUAGUUGAAUAAAAGCCUGUUUGAACUGGAAAUGUAUUCCUCCCUCAUUCCCCUGCCCAUAUCUGUUCUUGAGGCCUUACAUUAAGUUGCUAAGUCAUAUCACAAAAGAAACACCUAUACUUUAUUAGCAUGGCUGAAGGCCUUGACACGCAUAUCCUUGCUUUGAAAAGUAUGUAACUUGAAUAUUUUUCUUAGUUUAAUGAUCUUGCUUGUAACUGAACCCCACUGCCAUUAUCUAUCUUUCGUUCCCCUGACAACCGAGUGCUUAUCUCAAGGUCGUAGAAACUAUGCAAGUCUCUGUCUGAAAGAAGGCAAGAUGUUCCUGGUUUUUGUUAUCUUAAAGCACCCCUCUUUUCAUAUCUAAGAUACUACUUUGUCUAGUAGUGUUUUUCUGUUUCUUUAUGACGUCUGCUCCCCAUUUCUGUAACCAUUGGGGAAACUAUAUAAUCUGCUGCUUUACAAUAAACGGGGUUCCCACUUCUGAAAGGCAACUAGCUUGCAGGUCUUGGGACCCCUUUGCAAAGGUAAA